GAACAGAGUAGGCUGGUUCUCGCCUCGGCUUAAACUAGGUUACACACGCUACCGUUUUGAAGUUUUUUUUCAUAUUACGCACUGAAAGGCAUAUCGACUGAGUGCGCACCGGACGAAAGUGACGUAGGCGCAACGGCAAAGUAAAGAGUCAACAACCCCAAAAGAGGGCGAGCAGCAUAAACGCACGCUGAAUAAAAGACACGGACCGCGACCGUAACACGUAUCGGGGUGCAGAGUCAGACCUGCCUGUCCGAGGAGAACAGAGGAAUUCACCCAUCAGCCAGAGGAUCUCCCACUGUUCGUACAACAUGGGGAGCUUUUAAUUUGUGGUCGCUGGAAACACGCGGGGCGGCGGGACUUCCCUUUGUUCCCACGUGAGGACGGUGGAUGCGUUGUGGAGGAGAUUUUGGAGGGUGUGCAGCCGAGGGCCCAGCUGCCGGACUCACAGACGGAGAUCUGCCCGGAGGGAUGAGGAAGAGCAAGAGUGUGCUCUCGGUGUCCCCUAAUCAUGACACCAAGGAGCCCCCCGACUGCGUGCUCAGCGAGUCCUUCACCCCGCCCUACUCCACGCUGGGCUCCGACCUGCGCCGCCGCCGCCGCCGCUUCUCGGGCAACCUGCAGCUGCCCCCGUUGUCAUGGCGACAGGGGGAGCGGGAGCGAUCGCGGACGCCCGACGCCGACUUCAUGGCCCGGCCCACCUCCCUGCCCUUCGGCGCCCCGCCCCGCAUCGACAUCACGCCGGUGGAUCCAGACUGCUUCGACGUGGAGAAUGGCCCCUCUGUGGGCUGCAGCCCGCUGGACGCCCAGGUGUCCCCGGGCUCGGGGCUGGUCCUCCACACCAACUUCCCCGGACACAGCCAGCGGAGGGAGUCCUUCCUCUACCGCUCCGACAGCGACUAUGACCUUUCGCCCAAGUCCAUGUCCCGCAACUCCUCCAUCGCCUCGGAGAUACACGGGGACGACCUGAUCGUCACGCCUUUUGCUCAGGUUCUGGCCAGCCUCCGAAGUGUACGGAACAACUUCACAGUGCUCACCAACGUACAAUGUGCCUCAAACAAGAGAUCUCCUGCCGCCACCACCCAGCCCCCCAUCACCAGAGUGUGUUUGCCAGGUAAGCGUGGCACCACGACACACCUGCGGCCCAGCGCGGCAGUGAUCGAGACUAACCUUGGUUUCUUGCUGUGUUUGAAAGACAAGAAGAAGAAGAAGAAGAAGAAGAAGAGGGAAGAAAACUAUCCGUCAACCGUUUUUGCGUCUUUUUUUGUAUUUGAUUGGAUUAUAGUUCUGGCUCUGUGUCGGGAAGUGAAAACGGGGUCCAAAAUGCCUGAAGCCAACUACCUGCUGUCUGUGUCUUGGGGUUACAUCAAGUUCAAGAGAAUGUUGAAUCGGGAGUUGACGCACCUUUCCGAGAUGAGUCGGUCGGGAAAUCAGGUCUCCGAAUUCAUCUCCAACACCUUCCUAGACAAGCAGAACGACGUUGAGAUCCCGUCGCCCACGUCCAAGACGCGGGAGAAGAAGAAGCAGCAGCAGCAGAAGCAGCAGCAGCUGAUGACCCAGAUCAGUGGCGUGAAGAAGGUGUCCCACGGGCCGUCCAUCUCCGCCACCUCCAUCUCCCGCUUCGGCGUGAACACGGACAAGGAGGAGCUGCUGGCAACGGAGCUGGAGGACCUCAACAAGUGGGGGCUCAACAUCUUCACCGUCUCCGAGUACUCCACCCACCGGCCCCUCACCUGCAUCAUGCACGCCAUCUUCCAGGAAAGAGACAUGUUGAAAACGUUCAAAAUCCCAGUGGAUACGUUCGUCGCCUACAUGAUGACGCUGGAGGACCACUACCAUUCAGACGUGGCGUACCACAACAGCCUGCACGCCGCCGACGUAGCGCAGUCCACGCACAUCCUGCUCUCCACCCCUGCCCUGGAUGCGGUCUUCACAGAUCUUGAGAUCCUAGCAGCCAUUUUCGCUGCCGCCAUCCAUGACGUUGACCACCCUGGAGUAUCAAACCAGUUCCUCAUCAACACCAACUCGGAGCUGGCCCUCAUGUACAACGACGAGUCGGUGCUGGAGAACCACCACCUGGCCGUGGGCUUCAAGCUGCUGCAGGAGGACAACUGCGACAUCUUCCAGAACCUCAGCAAGAAACAGCGCCAGUCGUUACGCAAGAUGGUCAUUGACCUGGUGCUGGCCACUGAUAUGUCCAAGCACAUGAGCCUGCUGGCCGAUCUGAAGACCAUGGUGGAGACCAAGAAGGUGACCAGCUCUGGAGUGCUGUUGCUGGACAAUUACACGGACAGAAUACAGGUGCUUCGUAACAUGGUGCACUGCGCGGACCUGAGCAACCCCACGAAGUCCCUGGAGCUGUACCGCCAGUGGACGGACCGCAUCAUGGAGGAGUUCUUCCACCAGGGGGACCGGGAGAGGGAGCGCGGCAUGGAGAUCAGCCCCAUGUGCGACAAGCACACCGCCUCUGUUGAGAAGAGCCAGGUUGGCUUCAUCGACUACAUCGUCCACCCGCUGUGGGAGACCUGGGCCGACCUGGUGCACCCCGACGCCCAGGACAUCCUGGACACGCUGGAGGACAACCGCAACUGGUACCAGAGCAUGAUCCCCCAGAGCCCUUCCCCGCCCUUCUACGACCAACUGACAGACGGGCCCGGCGGGGGGGGCGGGGGCGGUGGCGGCGGCGGCGGCGGUGGCGGCGGCGGCGGUGGGGGGGAGAAGUUCCAGUUUGAGCUCACCUUGGAGGAGGAGGAGGAUGGCGACGGUGCGGACCGGAACGGGGAAGGGGGCGAGGAGGAAGAGGAGUUGGAGGAGGAAGAAGAGGAGGAGGAUAUUUUAGGGGGGUCCACACGGCCUCCUCCCAUGGACUGCCCCAACGGGCCAGAGAACGAGGAGGAGGUCACCGCGGCGAUAGAGAUCGUCACGCAGGAGCCGUCGCCGACAGACACAUAGUGGGGGAGGGGUGUAACGGUUUCAGCUCAUGUUGGCGGUUGAAAAGGUUUUGAAUUAAUAGUUUUUGAAGGAAAAUAAAAAGGGGACAUCCUCUUGCAGCUGUGCUUUGUACCGAGCCCACUGAAUGAAGCAGAGGCUCAGUUUUUGGUCCCGCAUCGAGUAGGGCGUCUUGCACUUGGGCGUACGGAGCCAGAGACGAGGGAGAGAGAGAGGGAUGGAGAGACAGAGAUAUAUAGAGAGCGAGCGAGGGGCGGUUUAAUGGGAAGCGGCUACAGAGUUCUCAGGAAAAUAAAUGCUGCGAACAAUUUUCCGAACAUUCGGACAGUUAAAUGCAAAGGAGGAAGGAACUGACGUUACUUGUGGCCAGUUUUGCAGACGGUUGCUUUAAAUGUUCAGGACUUGCAUUAAAUGGACACUGACACUACUGAGAGAUUUUGUACCUUAAGACUUUUUCUUUUUUUUACAGACACAAUGUGUUUUAGAAGUAGCAUAGAGUUACGAUCUACUGAGGGGGCACAUUUGGAUAGAGAAAGUGUUUACUUUUUUCCUGUACCAUUUGUCAGAGGACUUUUGUGUGCCUUUUUUACUAUUGUCUUUAUAAUAGUUUUUUUUAUUUAUUGAACACUCUAGUAUGUCUGUGAAAUAUAUCUGAAAGAGCAAAUUCUUUUUUGUGUCUCAGAAAAGGAGUGCAGUCUUCCAUGUAUUGGGCAAUAGAUAAAUCCAAAACAAACUUUGACAAACGAUUCUUGGACAAACUCAUCCAAAUAGGAAAAUCUAAAACCAUAACAAUCACCAAUUUCCAUCCAAUCAUUCACCAUGACCUAUCAACACACGCAUACACACACACACAGACACACACACACACACAUCCACAUAUAUACACCUACACACGUAUAUGUGUGUGUAUGUAUACAUGUGUGUGUUAGAUUCAUAAUGAAUGUUAAUAGGUCAUAUUCAAUAUUCACAUCCAUGAUGAUUUCUAAAUGAAAACUGUCAAAUUAAAAGAAUGUUUGUCACUCUAAAUGACACCACCUGUCAUUUUUGUUUUUGAUUUCUCAUCCUCUAUGAACUCCUAGUCAUUUGUUAUUCCCCAGCAAAAGUCUUUCAGACGUCCUUAUUCGCCAUUCAUUUUGGUCCGUUAACUUCAGAUCCACCCAGCUCUACGCAGCGCACCGGCAGAACUGGACCUCAGCACUCUGCCGGUGCAGUGAGCAGAAAUAGCAAUUGAUCAUAUAAUGGCCUUUGUGAGUCUAUUGUGAUUCUAUUCUUAGCCCUCCCAAAGGCACGCCGUGGUCUUAAUAAUCCUGUUAGUGUGCAUUGGGCUCCGGCCCCAUGCCGUUGUGGUGUAGGGAGCAAUCAGGGUCCGAGCACAUGAUGAAGGUGUUCCUACAGCUGCUCGGCGCUCGCCUGAGGGCUAGUCUCACGCCUGCAUCAGUGCCAUUAUUCACCGCUGUUUAUAAACCCUCUCAGACUCGGGGGACGUGACCCCAAAACAAUCAGGCCAGCUAUUUAUUUCUCAAAAAAAUAAAUUCCCAGCCCCUAAUGUGCUGCUUCUGCUCAUUGACGUCAAUGGACUAUUGUUUUUUUUCUUUCUCGUGCAAUUCUAGGACGUGGGGGUUGAAGGGUUCUUUUGGGCACAGAGGGAAUUGCUAGAUCGGGUCAUCAGAUUUUGAGUGGAGAAGGAAAGGAAAUAUCACAGGCUAGAUUUUAAAACCAAAAUGAAAGUCCUUACAUUUACCCCUAGAUUUGAUUCGUUCUGGCCCAGUGGUUGCUAUGACUACUGCCUCUGCCAUUGGCCUCAAUGACUGGUUUUCAUGGACGGGUCUUUUUGCAUCUGAACUCCACCAUCACUUCAUUCACCUUUUGUCCAACCACAUCCCAGCAUGCAACAUGUGUGAACAAUUGUGAGUGGCAUCUCUUUCUUUGUACCUGUAAUUGUGUAUGCACGGAUGUUGGAGGUGUGUGUGUGUGUGUGUGUGUGUGUGUGUGUGUGUGUGUGUGUGUGUGUGUGUGUGUGUGUGUGUGUGUGUGUGUGUGUGUGUGUGUGUGUGUGUGUGUCCGCGUGUGUGUGAAAGAGAGAGAGCACUCUAUUCGUCUAUGUCAUCAGGCCUUACCCUAUCAUGCAACUCGUUUGUCUCUACUGUUUGUCGCUAGGAGCUCAAGUUGGUCUUUCUUGCUGUUUAUAACAGUGUGUAUUUAUUCUACACUUAAAAGCUUGUACAUAAGAAAUACUGGUUCAGUGUAAAAUCUAUUUUAAUUUAUAUGCACUUGCAUUACCUGGAAGUGGUGGUGUCUAAUGUGUAGAAGACUCUGGAUCCGAGUCCUUUUAUAUUCUGUACUACAUAUUGUUUUUGAUAUAUAAAUAUUUAUAUAUAAGUAUAUAUAUAUUCGCACAAUGUUUUUAGUGCCCAGCAGUGCAGCAGCUAAAGAGACACUGUUGCUGUCACAUGAGAACCUUGUAACCAUUUACAUUUUUUUUUUUAAACUAAAGUUUCAAGUUAAUAUGAUUCUUCAAUGCGGACAAUGUAAAUGCAGAUUCUGUCAAUUUUCCAAAACAAAGAAAAUUUCAAUUUCAAUCGAAUUAGAUGCAUCAUUACCCUUCAGUUGUUUUUGUUAACAAAAUAAUAAUGCCGUUCCUUUCUUUGCUUAGUACUAGGUUUUCAUUUGACAGCAAAACUUAGGUCACCCAAAUGCUCCGUAGAGGACAUGUUAUACUGCUUGGGCUUGGAAAUAGGAUCCUGAAAAGCUAGGCAAGAGGAAAAGAAUCUCAGUCCAUGCUUGGUAUCAAAAUACAUGAAUAGCUUUUUCUCUCUGCGGCUUGUCACAACCUAAGCUUGUCCAUCCAGCAUUUUGAAUGCAGAUUGCUGAUAUAGGAGGCUCAGAUAUGGUUCUACUGUCAAACACAAAACAAUUGUCUUCUUUUACACAUUACGCACUUGAUGUAAAAGUAGAUACCACAAGGGGAGGUUGGUAGCAUGCUACAAUUCACCCCUGUGCACCAACGUGAACCGGUUCGAAUUAUCGAGACGUGAUUAUGUAAUUGAUUUUUGCUAAUGUGUGAACUCUUUCUGACCAAACUUGUUAGCAGUUUUGAAAUUCAAAUUCUGUCAGUAUUACCAUUGUUAAUAUAUGUUCAAGCUUUCUUUGGUCCAAGUCGUGUCCAAAAUGGUUAACCAGAUUUAGCACUAUCUGCAUGAGAGAUGGGAUUAUUAUUUUUUUUUAUCAAUAUUAUGUUGAAGUCUGUCGUUUGUUGCCGGCAGAUAAUUAAAUGUUUCACACAAUGUAUGGUAUUAUAUUGUAUAUUGUGUUUAAAAUGAAAUCUAAAAUACUUUUUCUAUGAAGUGAUUAAAAACAAAGCAUGGAUAUAAUAA